AUUUUGGAAUUUAAUACCUAAAUAUGAAAUAUGGCUCCAAGAGAAAAAGAACCAAAUUCAUUGCCUGUGAUUUUCUGACUGAGUGGUUAUACAAUCAAAAUCCAAAGAGGAUAGGGGAGGCUUUCACAGAAUUCUUCUCCAUUCCGUUUGUGGACCAGUGGCUGAAGCAUCACCCCCGGCCGCCGAUCCCACUCUCCCUCCUGCUGACAGAAGAAGAGGGAGCGCUGUGCAUUCAAUCCUUCUGGAGAGCCUAUCUGGUUCGGUGCGAUCCUGAGAUUCAAGAGUUGCGUCAGUGGCAGAAGAAACUGCGUGAAGACAAGCACAUUCGCCAGCGGGUCAAGAUUUUCUGGGCCAAACAAGAACAGAAAGUGAAAUGCAAAAUGGAGGACGAUGAGGAAAUUGCACCUACAACUCCACCACCUUAACUACUGGGGGAUCUUUUCCCUUUGGAGCUUCAAGGACCCUACGUGAGGAAAAUGUACAAAUUAUGCUUCCUCUCUGUUGAUUUUUUUUUUUAACGACUAGAUUUAGUACAUGUGAAUACAGAACCUUUUCUGCACAAGCUAGGAUUUGUUGCAAACAUGCCUUACUGCAUACAGUUUAUCCUAGGAGAGUACGAAUCUUAACUUUCUGCAUUAUCUCCAAAUUUUAUUCUUUUAUCCAUUAUUAUUUCUUCAGUGCUUCCAGUAUAUUCUUCUACACCAACCGCCGUUAAAAUGUACAACAAACUCUAGAUCCAAGAGACGCUGAAGUGUUUUAGUUUCCAGUUUACCACUUCUGGCUGCCUUGGCAAAGAUUGGUACUUAAAUUCGAGUCCCAAACCUCUGCUGUGGGCUUUAGGUUUAUCUGGUGAGUAUUCUCUUCAUAAAAAAGGUUGUAUUGCCUACAACCACUUGCAGAGGAGACUGACUCUUAUCUCUGACUGCAAAUCCAACCAGUUGAAGACACCCAGACAGUAACAGACAAAGGACUUUGGUUGUCAAGCCCCCAGAGUACUAUAGAAAGUUCCUCUUUGGUGGCUAAGCUAAC